AUGUCACAAAUUACAACCCUGUGCCAUCUCCACGAAGAUGCUUGGCUUACAGUAUUGCAGUUUUUAAGUUUGGAUGAUUUAUUAGUGAAAGAAAAACUAUUUGGAAUUUCUACUCGUGUAUUUUCAUCAUUAAUUGGAUGCGAAAUUCAAGAACACACAAUCAACAAUUCAUGCAGUCAUGAUGGUGGUUUAUUCUAUAGGGUAUUGAAUGAAAAAUUAAUUGUCAAAAAAUUAGAAAAUUGCAUGAAAAGAAUUGGUCGACCAUUCCAUAUUUAUGGCUCAGAUGACUACGAUGAAGAAACAAACACACAUGAUCUUGGUUCUCUACUUGAAACCCUAGCAGAGCUUAGAAGAAAUAAUACCAGAGGUAGGGAAAAGAAAUUAGAAAUUGAUAAUUCACUUCGUAGAUCAAUCAGAGUUUGUAUCCCAAUGAAUAUUUCACCAUUAUCAAAUGAAUGCCAAGAGGAAGGUAUUUUAUAUAUUGAUAAUUCUCAACUCAGGAAAAACAACCCAUCAAUUUGGAACCAAACAAAGAGAGAACAAUCCAUCACUUUUGAAUUGAAACCCCCUAAAUUGAAAUAUGUCAAAUGGAGAACACAAUGGCGUCAUUUGUAUAGAAAUUAUCUUCUCCAUGAAUUGGAAUAUUAUGUCUCUAAGCUUCAAACAAUAUACAGACACCUAAUUACGUAUAGACCUUGUUUAAAAUGGGAUCCUACCUAUUACUCACAAACAUUAGAUGUUAUCUAUGAUAUUCUUCGUAACUUUAGUGAGGAAUUCCAAAUCAAAUUCCUUACCGAGAGAUCGUUCGUUUUGAAGAAAUCUAAAAUUAAACAUGGACAUGUCAGGAUAGUAACUGAUAUAGAUAGAAGUCAAUGUAAAAAUUUGGAUUUCAUUAGCCACUCCACUAUUGGAUUAGUUAAACUUUACAAAUAUUAUUCCCUGCUAAGUGAAACCCCUGGUUUUAAAGAAAUAAUGAUACAACAAAUAGACAAAAACAUGGCAAUCUAUACCAAAUAUUUUGAGAAUGAUUUAUGUAGAGAGAUCAAUCCUAGAAAAACCAUUUAUCACUAUUUAUUUCUGUCAUCAGAACUAGUGUUGAUAGAGAAGCAUUUCACACCAAAAGUAAUCGACUGUAUGAGGAAAUCUUCUAAGCCUGUUCAAACAACAGCAGUACUAUUAUGUAUUCUAGCUUCAUUUCCAUUUCCAAAUUUUGAAAUGUUAAAUACCUUGUCCUUUUCAUUAUAUUACAACAAUCCUAAAACAGACAGACCAGACUCUUUAUUGGAUGCACUGCUAAGUGUUGUCGAGCUGCAAUUUGGUACUUACAAAAUUACUCUUCUAGAAGACUGGUUCAAUUUCUUUAUUAAUUAUUUUGGAAAACAGGAAAUGAUUAAUGCAUUUCAAAAAUCAAAACACUUGGAAACUUUUAUGCUUUAUGGACAAGAGAGAUAUGUAUCACUUGCAAAAACACUAUUUGGAGAUACUAUCAACGUAUCUAAUAUCGUUUCCAGUAAGCCCUACCAGAUUCCAGAUUUCUAA